AUGGCGAGUAAGAAACAGAGGAAAGUGUUCCGGUGGAAGGUAGACGUACAAGCAGCAGGGGAUAGGGCGAUUGAAGGGUGGGAGUCCGUAGUAAACGCAACUGCAGAGAGAGUAGUGGGAAAGAAGGUGGGCCAAGAGAAAACAGGUGAAGGGACUAGUGAAAAAGAAGAAAAAUGGGUGUGGAAAAACGAGUAUACGCCAAGUAGAUGGAGGGAAGGAGUGGUUGUGAACUUGUUUGAGAAAGGAGAAAAGACUGACCCAGGAAACUACAGGGGGGUCACACUGAUGAACACAGUAGGAAAAGUGUUCUGUAAGCUGCUGAACGAUAGGAUAGUGGGAGUAUUGGAGAAGGAACAUAGCAUUAGUGAGGGCCAGGCAGGUUUCCGCAAGAAGAGGGGGUGCGUAGACCACGUGUUCACGGUAGGGAGAAUCAUCCAAGGUAGAAAGAGGGCGGGAAAGCCGACGUACUGCUUCUUCCUGGACGUGAAAAAGGCAUACGACACCAGUGUACGAAAAGCGCGGUCAUGUUGGACGGAGAACUGUCNGGUGUUCAUCAACGAUCUGUUGGAAGUCGUAGAGGCAGUCCGGAAGGGAGUAAAAGCAGGGGGCACGGAAACGUCGGUGUCAGGAAUGCUGUUUGCGGAUGAUUUUGUCGGUAUGUCGGACACCCCUGAGGGACUGCAACUGCAAGUUGACGCGGCGAAGAAGUUUACUGAUAAGUGGAGAUUGUCUGCCAACGUUAAGAAGAGUGCCGUCAUGGCGGCGAAGGGCAGGAGGGCGCCGGUGCCGCGGCGUGGCACCAGCGCGGCGGUACCGUUCGGCAAAGUCCACAUCGACCUCACGGGCGCGUUCUCUGACGCGCUGGACGGCUCCCGGUACCUGAUCAUGUUCGUGGACAGCGCAUCGUGGUGGCAACGGGGGUACGGGAUGCGGGCCAAGAGCGACACCCUGAAGUUCGUGCAGCGGUUCCUCGCCGACAUGAACGGCAUGGGCCCUCCGGGGUGUUUCCGCAUGGACAACGGCGGCGAGUUCACCGGCUCCGCGUUCACCUCGUUCUGCGACGCUGCUGGCAUUCGGCGCGAGUACACCGCCCCCGACACCCCCAAGCAAAACGCGGUGNGUUCAACCUCUCCGCGACGAAGGCCAACCUGGGCUGAAUGUCGCCGUUCGAGGCGUUCUUCGGCCGGAAGCCGCCCCUCACCGUCGUCCCUUUUUUCCAGGAGGGGAUGAUGCGCGUGAAGCGGGCGACCAAGGCGGACGUCCAAUCCGCGCGGUGCUUCUACCUGCACGGCGACAACAACCACUCGACGUCUACCGCGGGCGUUCUUCGCGCUGACACCGGUCGCCUCGCCCUCACCAACAACUUCGUGCGAGUCAACCGCCGGGCAGGAGCAUGGCGCCGGUGCCGGGCGUCGGGGGGGAUUCUUCGGUCACCG